CCAACCCGCUUCCGCCUCAUCUUCGGCCAGAUCCUCACCGCCCAGUUCCUCGCCUCCUUCGACGGCACACUCCUCGCCUCCUCCCACCCCGUCAUCACCUCCCACUUCGCCGCCGCCAACGCAGCCUCCUGGCUCUCCACCGCCUUCCUCCUCACCACCACCGCCUCCCAGCCCCUCCUCGGCCGGCUCUCCGACGCCGUCGGCCGCAAGCCCCUCUUCGUGGCCAGCCUGCUCGUCUUUGCCGCGGCCACAGCGUGGUGCGCUCUUGCGGGGAGUAUUGGGAGUUUUGUGGCUGCGAGGGCCGUCUGUGGGCUUGGUGCCGGGGGGGCCAUGACGCUGGGAGCCAUCUUGACGAGUGAUUUGGUGCCGAUUGAACGCCGCGGCAACUACCAAUCCUACGUAAACGUCACCUUUGGCGCCGGCUCCGCCCUCGGCGCGGCCCUCGGCGGCGCCAUGGCCGACACCCUAGGCUGGCGCGGCGAGUUUGCCGUGCAAGUCCUCCCGAUUCUGCUCUGCGCCGCCGUCGCCUUCCUUGUGAUUCCGGACGACAUUGGACUCGUAGGGGGGAAGCCGAGGCGGAGGGUGUGGGAUGCGCUGGGGGAGUUUGACUUUGGAGGGUCGGCAGCGUUGACGGUGGCGACGACGAGUGCGAUUCUUGGGCUGAAUUUUGGCGGAAACAUCUAUCCGUGGUCUCACCCCAUCGUCAUAGCCGCCCUCUCCAUCUCGGCAAUCUCCUUCCCGACAUUCCUCUACAUCGAAUCCCGCGUCCCCCUGCCCAUCAUGCCCCUCCACCUCAUCCGCAAGGCCCCCCGCGCAAACCUCCUCCUGUCCAACUUUAUCGCCGCCAUCCUCUCCAACUCCAUCCUCUUCAACAUCCCCCUCUACUUCCAAGCAGUCCUCCUCUCAAGCGCCACCUCCUCCGGCCUCCGCCUCGCCCUUCCCUCCGCCAUCGCCUCCAUCACCGGCGCCUCCACCGGCUUCGCCAUAACGUACACGCGCCGCCUGAAGUGGCCCGUCGUCGCCGGCACGACUUUUUACCUCGUCGGCUGCAUCCUCCUCGCGCUCCUCCGCCGCGGCAUGUCCCCCGCCGCCUACCUCCUCGUCCUCGUCCCGCAGUCCAUCGGCCAAGGGUUCCAGUUCCCGGGCACCUUCAUGGCCAUCCUCGCGUCGUCUACGCAGGCCGAACAAGCCGUCGUCACGAGCACCCUCAUUCUAUGGCGGUGCGUAGGGUUAGUGUUGGGGGUCGCGAUGAGUAGUCUUGUCGUGCAGAAUGCGCUGGUGCAUUACCUUGGUGUUUUCGUUGUGGACGGCCCGGAUAAGGAGGAUGUUGUCAGGAGGGUGAGGAAGUCGGUGGAGGCUGUGGCCGAGCUGGAGGAGCCGUAUAGGGAGAUGGUUGUGAGGAGCUAUGAGGCGGCGCUGAGGUUGACGUUUGUGCUUUGUGCGGUGCUGGCGGCGAUUGCGGUGGUGGUUGUUUUGCCAAUGAGGUUGCCGCGUCUGGGGCAGGCAAGUCGCAAGUUGUGA